AUCACGUGAUCUAAAUAAAAAUGGCAGCGACCAUUUAAAAAUGUUAGCGUCCAUAGUCACUUCGAUUUUUACUGAAUUCGUUGCUUUAAUGUUGAAAAAAUGCUUUCUUACACAUUGUAGAGAUAGUAAUUAGGAAAGAUGGACAAUUUGUGGACUCCAGGAGCAAAGAAACAAAAGGUCAAAUCCACUGAAGGACUUGAUGACUUACUUGGGGAUUUGCUUGUAGAUGAUGCUCCUGCUAAGAAGAAGACCCCAUCUCAGCCGAUUGGUGCUGUGAAAACAGGAAUGAAAAAGCAAGGACAAAACUCCUCACCACCAGGGUCCAGAGAUGAGGAUUUUUACAGUAAUCUGGCCGCCACAGCAGAAGAUGACUUAUCUGACAUAUCAGAUGCUGAUGUCAACCAAAUGGCCAAGAGCUUGGCAGAUUUGGAGGACAUGGAUGCUGACUUGUUUGGAGGGAAGUUCAAGAAGAAGGGGAGUGUCAAGGGUGAGAGGUCCAGUAAACCCAACACCCCACGGCGAACUGGUACCCCCCGCUCCCGAAGUACCACCCCCAGGGCUUCAUCCCCCCAGACCCGAGUCACCUCACCCACAGCCAGGGUAACCUCCCCUAUUGCUAGAGUUGCAUCUCCUGCCGGGAGGGGAACAGGGUCACCAACACCAGAUGGCUCCCUCACCCCCAGGGGAGGGAGCUUAAAGAAGUCUGGGACAGCAGCAAUCCCAGACCAUAAACCCGGCACUGCGCCAGGGAAAAUGACAGAUAUUGGUAGUGCCUCCUCGUCUUUAAAGCCAGGGGGCACCCCCACCCCAGAGAGACCAGGAACUGUCCCAAAAGCCAAACAGAAGUAUGAUUAUACAGGUGGGUCCUCAAGUGAAAUUCAUGAUGAAGAGGAUGAUUCUACAGCAGGCAAAGCUAAAGCCAGCUCCAAACCUCAGAAGGGAGAUACCACAUGGUUAAACGACAUCGCCACAGCAGUCAAGUCUGCACCCUCUGUGUUCGAUCAAUCAGCUCCACCCAAACAAGAAAGCUUUAUUAAAGCCUGCCACACAGAUAUACAAACCAACCUUGUCAAAACCGACCUUAAAUAUAAGGAGUCCAAACCACAGAACAAGGAACCGGAACCAAAGCCAGCUAAAUCCACUCCCAAACCGAAGAGUGCAGCAGACUGGCUCGGACUUAAUGAUGCUGAUGAUGAGGAUGAUGAACCAGCAUCAUGGAUGAGAUUCAAAUUUGUAGAGCUCAAAAGACGUAAUUUGUUUGACAGACCUCCAACUCGCAGUGGUGGAAAUACAGAGGCUGAGGAGCCACCAAAAGCUGCAGCUUCUGCAGCUCAGCCUAAAAAGAAGGAGGAACCGGGUAUCUUCAGUGAUGAUGAUGAUUUCCUGGAGAAAAUAUAGAUGCAGGAGACAUUAUUUAAUCAGAAGGUGAAGUCCACUGAAGAGGAGGACAAGCCAGCCCGGUCAGUGAUGGACAAAUUACUGGCCAAAGAUUCGGCAGUCAGCAAACAUCUGGAGACCAAGAAGGAAAGGCGAGAGUUUGUACUGGACAAAAAAUACACACAGCCCAAUAACGAAGAUGAGGAGGAGGAUUUUCAGUUUGGAGGGUACCAGCCAUCAGUGGUGUCAACUAGUUCCCGUCCCACAUCACGCAGAUCUGUCAGGUUUCAAGAUGAGGAUGAUAUUUUCGGAUUUGACCGCCCCCCAUCUCGUGGUAGAUCCCCCGCCUCAUCUCUCAGUAAAAAACCAGAUGACAUGGACUGGUUAAACGACAUCGCCACAGCAGUCAAGUCUGCCCCUUCUGUCUCCUCUACUCCCCCCAAACAAGAGAGCAAGCCUGCCACACAGACAGACAAACCAACCAGUGUCAAAACCGACAGUAAACCUCAGGCCGACAGUAAACCGCAGGAGUCUAAACCACAGAACAAGGAACCGGAACCAAAGCCAGCUAAAUCCACUCCCAAACCAAAGAGUGCGGCGGACUGGCUCGGACUUAAUGAUGCUGAUGAUGAGGAUGAUGAACCAGCAUCAUGGAUGAGAGCCAAAUCACAGCAGAAAACUACCCCUCCAAGUAGUGCAGGAGACAAGAGAAAGGAAUGGUUGUCUAGCUACAAAGCUGAAGAAUCAACAGAACCAAAAACAGAGCAGAAGACAGCCCCAAAGACGGAGCCCAAGGGAAGCCCUGCCGACUGGCUGGGGCUGAGCAGCAGUAAAGAGGAGGAGGAUUCCCUGGGGGCAGGGCUUGACCCCAACAGCCUGCUCAAGUCAAGAUUGGAAUCUCCAGCAUUUGGUGGGAAUUCCCUAAGAGCUGAUGACAGAGACUUGUUUAAACCACCCCCGAAAGACACGGGCCCCUUGUCUAUGCCACAGCAGUCCAGGAAGCCACAGAUAUCGGAGAGCCCUAAUAAAAACCUGACUCAGCACAGGCCCAGUAUAAUUUUUGGAGAGACAGAGGAGUUGAUGGGCCUCCCCCUCACUGGGAAUCAGACAGACAGGUUUGAUCCCCCCAGGGAGGAAAAGAAGACAGCUCUAGUUACUGACCUGUUUAAUACUAGUAAAGGUGAUGACCAGAGACAAGAAAUGCUGGCUUCACAAGCAGACAUACUCAGACAGCAACAACAGCAGCAAGAGAAUCUCCUGGCACAACAAGCUCAGAUGGAGGAGAUGAUAAGGAAGCAGCAGGAACAGGCUGCAAAGUUUCAUGUUCCACCACCCCCAGUUUUUACCCCCGAGACACGGACAUCUGUUAUGGCCAACCCACCUAGAUCCCUGAUUGAUGCCCAGACAAGGCUAUACAAGAUGGAAAUAGAGAGGGAUUAUGCAUACUCACUUUUGGAGAUGAACAAGCGAAGAUUUGAGGAAGAAAGACAGACUAUUGAGAAUUCAUACAAGAGCAGAUUAGAACUAAUUGAAGAUACGCAUAAAAACAAAGAAACCAGAUUGCGGGAGGAAAAUGAGAUGUUGAUGAACCAGUAUUUGUCAAAGGUUCGGCAGUUAGAGAGUGAUAAAUCAGAGCAAUCUUCACAGUUCCAGCGGCGUGUAGAAGAGUUCCAACGAGAUAAAGACCAGGAUAUAGAUAGACUCAAGUCCAUUCACAGGCGGGCAAUAGAAGAUCUAAAGAGAGAACAUGAGGAGGAUCUAGAGAGGUUGAAGAAGGCCAAAGAUCAGCAGAUAGAGGCUGCCAUCACAUCACACGAAACAACAAAGUCCUUAGUCCAGGCAGUUUCUAUGAUACAAAAUAAUGCCAGAGACUUGGGGGAGCUACAGAAGAAGGUGGAUAGCUGGCAUAACAUGGGGCUGGAUGAACGAGAGAUAGCUAUCCGCUCAAAGGAUGAACAACUCAGAAUCCUGCAGGAGCGUCUGAACAGACAGCAGGAGGAAAAUGAUCUCGAGCGGAAACGGUUGGAAGAUCUGAUUGGUCGACUGGAAACACAACUCCGGGAACAGACCAGGAUGUUAGAUGAGGAAAGAUGGAAGGUCAAGCAAGAACAAACAAGAUUACAAAGUUUACAGACUUCAUUAGAGGAAGAGAGAAGACUGUGGACAGAGCAACAGGCUAGAGAGAGGUCAAAUAUAGAGAAAACAAGGGAGACUUUGCUGGAGGAGCAGAAAUCUGUCCUGUCACAACUACACAAGGAGAGGCAGUCAGUAGCCGAGGAGAGAACCAAACUCAACGUGGCCCUCACCGUUCAGAGGGAGGACGCAGAGGAUGCAGCGGUCAAACUGGCCCAGGCUAAGGCAGAAUUUGAAGCUCUGAUGAAGGCAAUAUCUGAAGAGAAGAACAAACAGAACAUUCGUCGCCAGGAACUUCAGCGGGAGGAGGAUCGUGUGGACAGCGAGAGGAGGAAGCUGGAGAUGGAACAAGCCAAGAUGUCGGAGAAAGAGGAGGACCUCAUCCGGGCCGCCCAGACCCUGAAUGAGAGGUCAGAGGAGGUCGACCAGAUGUUUGUGGAAUCUCAGUCUAAGUUGGAGGAAGGAAGGAGUGCUCUGCUCGAGGCCAAGAAGCUUGAGAGUGAGGAAGCGGAGAGGGCAGCCAGCAUACAACAUCAAGUACAGCUACUCAGACUCAAAGAAAGGGAGAUUGCUGAUGACCGUCUUCGUCUUUCUAAAGAGAAGAAGGAGGUGGAAAACUUAAAAAGCGCCAUGCUGUGUCCUAAUUGUCGGACACCUGGUGGAGCGGGGGUUAAGCCUCAGGGUGGGGAACAAAUGAUGAUACCUCAGAACAAUGUACCAACUUACCAAGUCUACAGGAGCCCUGCCAUGCAACAGGGCAACCAGGCUAUGCAACCGAGCAACCCAGCUAUGCAACAAUCUCUAAACUCCGUAGGUUCCAUUACAGAGUCCAUUAAGGCAGAUCGCUCAAUACGCAUGUGGAAAAUGGAGGCAUUAAAGGAUCAGAAAUACCUGGAGGAACAAAGUGUGUUUUUGUAUACACUGAAGCACAUGCCCUACAGUGGCUCCAACUCCAAGUCAUGACAUAUAGCACCACCCACCCACUCUGAUCAACCAAUCAGAUACUAAUGUGCUGAGUCAUUCAAAUGUCUCCCAGAGAUCUCAAAGGGACUGUCUUAAAUGAAUCAUGAUGACAAUUUUGAAGAUGACCUAUUUCAACAUUAAGCCUGUAGACUUUGAAGGAACCCAUCGGUUUUCUUUGCGUUACACUAUAUUCAAUUGAAUACAUUGAAUGCAGUGUAAACUUGCGGAGAGAAAACCUUGCGUGUUCCGACAAUGAGUUGUAGAUUUCAAUUACUUCUUUGUGAUUAUAUGAUAGCUAGUCUGUGAUAAACCUUUUGUCGAUUUUUUUACAAUAUAUUUUACUUUAUUUUAUACCUAUUUAUUUAAUGGAAUGUUAUGCAAAGUAUUUUGUAUUUGAAUGUGUACACAUAAAUACUACUGUCUGAAUAGAUUCCACAUA